UACAGUUGAAACGGAGAGAGAGAGAGAGAAAGAGAAAGGCAUCGUUCUUCAUGAGAAGCAGAUCGCAGAGAUCAACCAAAUUGCGUCCCAGCAUCACCGCCAUCCUUUUCCUUGCUUUCAUUAUCACUACCUUCGUUCUGCUCUUUCGCAAGAGCUCACUGAAACCCAGCUCCCAAUUCAACCUCGGAAGACCUCCAUUGAAGGAUCUUCACAACUCUGUCAAGCUCCAACCUUUGGUGGAGUCCAUCAAUGGCACUGAUUUGAUAUGGCAAGUGCCGGAAUCGCCCAAAGCUGCGAUUUUUAUCGCUCAUGGAUGUAAUGGCCGAGCUGCUAACUUCUGGGAUCGAUCUCCUGAGUGCCCUAACUGCGUCGGUUUACCUGAGGAGAGGCUCAUUGUUCUUCAGGCUCUGGAGAGGAAGUUCGCGGUGUUGACCGUGUCUAGUUUGGGGAAAUGUUGGUCUUUUGGGAAGGAGAAGGAUAGUGUGAGAUGGAUCGUCAAAUGGUGGAUUGAAAAGCAUAGGCUUGAGAAGCUUCCUGUUGUUGCUCUCGGAGCCUCCUCUGGUGGGUACUUUGUGUCUGCUCUUGCGGGCGAGAUGAAGUUUAGUGGCAUUGUGAUUAUGAUUGCAGAAGGGGUGUUUGAUAGAAUGCCUGUCUCACCAGGGUACCCACCAACAAUGUUUGUUCAUAUGCCUAAGGACCGGGUUAGGAUGAAUUUGAUAGGGAAAUAUAUGGAGGAUUUGAGAAAAAAGGGUGUUCAAGUUAGUGAAGUCAGGUGCUUGGAGUUUCCAUUGACACCAAGUCUUUUGUUUGAUCGGAUUCCAGGGUUGGAUGAGAGUUUGUCUGUGAAGUUGUUUGAGUUGUUUCGUGAGAAAGGAUUCAUCAAUGAGGAGGGUUAUAUGAUAAAGGAUGGACGGGCAACUGGUUGGAAGCAAGCUCUCAAGGAAAGGGAUGCCUCAAUGGUGAAGUUUGAAUUGCUUGAUCACAUUCAGGAGGAAUUGAAUCUUGCGUUUGCCUAUCAUGAGAUGACCAGUUUGCAGGCGGAUGGCAUGUUUAAUUGGUUUGAAUCACAUAUGACUUGAUGAAAGAUCUAAUUAGCAUCUAAUGGGCAGACUAAACAGUACAUUUACUUUGAUUUAUAUAAAGUUGAAAGAUUUAGCCUUUACCUUCAAUUGUGAAACAUGUGAAUUAGACUGUGUUUUAAUCCAAUUACUCGAUUUCUGAAGAGGAAGAGAAAAUUUUCCUGUUAAUUUUGUCAAAUUCCUAUUCCGUGCUGUUGAAAGCCUUGGUCAGGUAUGCAACUAGUUUCUCAGAUGUAUGUCUUUGUGUUCCAUGGUUGAUCAAUUAGCAAGCACUACACAAAUUAUUGCUUCCUGAUUAUGAUCAUUGUGAACGUCAUAUGUAUUACAUAAUAUAAAUGUUCUCGUACCAUCUUAGGCUGUUCUGAUGAUAGCUCAUGACAACUAAAGACUUGCACAUUGAUUUGUUUGUGAAUCCUAUUAUGCUAUUGUGCAUUGUAUGUCAUUAAAAUCUUGGGCAUAUCUAUAUGCUGAUGGGAGAAUUUGUUGGUUGAAUUAUGAAUUUAAGGUGAAAACAAUGAUAGCUUGAGGCAUUUUGUCACUGUCCUCAAGGAUAAUUUGCUGAGAACACGAACGAUAAAAUUAGCAGGGCGUAACCUCCAGGAUCAACAAGCUCUUUUAUGUAAAUAGGAUACAAAAAUCAGCAGAGAAAUGAACACAACAGUGAGAAGAAAGACUGAAGUAGUUGAAGAGAAGUGGAUUUUUUUAGUCUGUUUCUAUACCUGGAUGUUUAGUGUUGUCAUAUGUAUAAUACUAACGGGUAGUUUCCGAAAACUAGCAAGUAACAUUCACAAAAGAGGUUGUUAGAAUAACAAUAGGGAUACACAAGUAGCAGAGGAAAAAUAGGUAGACUCUUUAAGUUUUACCAGGUGAAUAUUGGACUAGUUCCUUUUGAAAUAUCUUUAAUUGUUACAAGCUUUACAUGGUUAACUAUGAAUCUAUAAAUACCGAGAGAAGUAUAAUGCUGAACAGACGUCAACUGACCUGUUUGAAAUGAAAUUCCGUCAUGCCUCUGCUGUCUUUAAACUUUGCCCUUCCAUAAAAGUUUUCUGUGUAAACAUGUAGAUAAUCUAGGGAAUGACCAUUUGCAAACACUUGUUGAAUUGUGGCUUCUUUUCUUUCAGUCUUUAAGAAUGUCCCUAGGCAUUGAUUUUCUUGCUUCCUGAUUGUCAUAAAAAAAUUUACAAGUUGGGGAAAAUCAUUCAGGCAAGUUGACUUUCAGAAAAUUAGAGCAAUAAUCAAAAGUGGCAUCAGCUUCCUUCUUAGCUCCCAAUUAUCAUGAAAGACAUAACCAUUUACCAAAAUCCGAUAUUGAAGGCGUGCAUAAAACUAGCUCAGCACAUGUCAGUGUUACCUAUGACAAAAUAUUUGAGCAAACUGGCAUAUACCACAUUUUUCAUGCUGCCAUAUGCUUAUCAGUAUUGUUAAUAAACUAACCAAAAUAACUCUUUAAUUCUUAUUUUGUAGGUUCUGUAAGAUGUUUAGUGGCCGUGAACCCAUUCAAUUUUGUGACAUGAGAGAAUCUGAGAAUGAGUGAACGAAAACAUGUAUGUAAUCCAAAGUCAGUAUUCCAUUGACUGUCUCAAUCACAAUGGUAGCAUUUGAACAAGCUUAACUUUAAGAAAGUGAAUGAUGCCGAUAUUUCCUUUGUUCGGUCAA